CCCUAGGAGGGGCUGCCAGCUUGUGAGACAAUGGGCUGAUGGCCAGGCGAACCUCGGGGAACGGGAUGGAAGCGAGCUAGCGAAUGAUGGGAGUGUCGAGGUUGGCGAUGUUUGCGUCGCGUGCCCGCUCCCAAACGUAAUCGAGCUGGUGCCUUGUGUAUUGCUGGCGACACUUUAAAAUCCCUGGCAUCGGACCAACGCCAGUCGAGUCGGCCGCUCAGACGCCGCCCCCCUCGUCCCGAUUUGCUCGCGUCGCCCUCGCGCUGCUACCCCGCCAAACCGCGACGUCCAGGCAAGGGACACGCUAACCAGAUAAAUUUAGACGGCUGGACGCAACGACGAUUGCUGGAGAAGUGGGAAGAAGUCCCACCUUUGUCGCUGAGAAAACAGCAGCGAGCAGCGGCAGGAGGAGCUGCUGCCCUGCGGGCCCAAGAUUGGUUCCUGCCCAUCAAAUCUAUUGCCGAAGCUGAGUGUUUGCGCUACCAGGUUAUACUGUGUGUCGAGGGGCUUAGCCGGGACUUGCGCAGCCAACCGACGCGGUCUGGUGCCCAAAUGCCCGCAAAGCCACCGCCGGCCCAGUCUAGCAGCAGCAUUUGACGUUAUCCGAUCGCCGCCCUGUCGACAUUUCGCGACAUCAGUCCGUCUGUGGGUGAGGUGGAGCGAGCGUGCAUCGUUACCCUUGCCUCGCCGUCCCCCUGAGCCAGCCCAACGGCCUUUCAGCACGGUUGACGGGGAGGGUCUUUGUCCACGCACGCGCUGCCGCCUUGCCUGGCCCCGCCCAAAGCCUCCGCCGCUACGUGGGAGUAACAGUAGCAGUUUCGUCCCGACCUGCCGCCACCACAGCCUGGCAACCUCGUGCUACCCGCAAGGCUGCAGCCCAGCUUGCCCUUCCUCUGGCUCCGACUCUGCGCAGCACUACUUUUGCCGCCAACACCGGCCACCUCCGCGGGCACACAGAAGACACGCCACUCCCUGCCUAUCUGCAUGUGUGCUGCCCAACCCUGACACUGUCACUCAAGGCUGGGACCGCAUGACGCAAAAGCUUCAACAGACCUGACAAUCAAGCGUCACGACUCCGAGCCCACAUUGACCCACCUCCAGGCGAACCCUCCGGUCGACGAGGCGACAUGUUAGCGGCUGAAUCAGACUUUCCCAUCAUUUGAUAUCAGCAUCUGAGCACGGCUACAUCCAUUUCGUCGUGUUACCCCCCCAAUCCCACGCCACCUGGCUGCGCGCCCCUCUCGCUUCGACGGCGUUCCGCUUUAUCGAUCCGCAUCCGCUCCGCCUUGCUGCCCAACUACGACGCCUUCAACCGCACACACUCUUCACUAGCUGGUUGCUUGGGAGUGCUCAAACAUGGACGAGGCACUGGAGUCGCACUCCGCGACGGCGGUGGGAAUGGCGGGCGCCGCCGGCGCUGCGGCCAUACACUUUCUCGGCGGCGGCCCCUUCAUGUCUGCCGAUGCCAUCUCUAGAGCUACUUCGCCCGGCCUGACGGUGACUAAGACGCCCGACGAAAAUGACCGCAAGAGGUACCGUCCGAGAACGUUCGCAUACCACAGGCUACUGCCAUACCAGGUGGAAGAUGAGAGCAAGCGCGACGAGGCGCUGUUGGGCAUUCUGAAGAACCUAUACGUCUCCAUCAUGGCUGAGGACUUUGCUCCAGGCGCCCUCCAUUGGACUAGGGAACUUCAGGGAUGGCUCAACCUCAAGUUCGAGAUGACCCGCGAGCUCCGAGCUAAGCUUGUCCAGAUCUACUACCAUCUGUCUCUCGCCCCUGGUCUUGAAUCCAAUACGGCGGACCGCUUUACCAAGAUGUUGGUCACGUUGACGAGGAGAAAGCAUUACCUCAAGCCCCGGGACGACCUUGUACUCGACUGGCGUCCGUUAUGGCACGAGAUCAAGGCGCUGGUGCUGCCGUCGGAGUGUGCCGCGCAUCAAGGGCGCCGGCGCAGGACGCAGAAGCAUCUCCUGCGACUCUGCUUGCACGCGCAGUUGUAUUUCGACCCAAAGGCCAGACGGGAUAUGCUCGAGGAGUUCCUCCCCUUCUUCAGCACAUCCGAUGCUACAAACUCGUACAUUGUGCUCGGCCUCAUCACCACGAUGCUACCCACGUCUCCGGCCCCACCAACUGAGGAGCUUGCGCAACCCUCCGACUUCCUGCCGACCUUCUUCCAUCUAUGGUCUUUGAUGAACAGAUCCAAGAACUUUGAUACCUGUUUUAUCGAUGUGUUUUCGCGCAUGGCACGGGACUACCUCGGGUACCGGGACGUGCCCUUUACCGAGCACGGCAUCUUCACCAAGGACCAGUCAGACCUCAUCUUCACUGCCAUUUUGCGUUUGACAGAGAUCCCUGUCGGACAGGCCAACUCUCCCUACACGUCCCUCGACUACUCGGCCGGCCUGGCGGCAUUCUUGGACAAGGACAGGAAGAAAUACCCAGUACCGUACAUGAUUGCGCGUUGGAUAGUACAUUCCUUGUCGCCCAAAUGUCUGGACACGGACAGCUCAGUACUUCUGAGCUUGGAGGGGCUCUUGGAGUCUAUCGACACCUUCUUCCACCCCUCCAAUCAUGGCCAGUGGGCCCAGUUCUUGGCCCAGCUGACGUACUACCUCACCGACAUUUUUGUGUCGCGCUGUAAUCGGGAGCAGAGCGGCGAGUUGGAUAUUGUCCCCGAGCGCAGGAUCAAUCCGGAGCUGAAGAAGCGCUUUGUCCUGGCCCUGAGAGAGGUCACCUUCAUGGGUUUGUUCGCCAAGAGCUCAAAGGUGGCCAACUACUACUACUCGACCUUGCAGGGCCUGGCUUACCUGCAGCCUGACCUGAUAUUGCCAGGGGCCCUCCAGCGCUUCUACCCCAGCUUGCAGGGGCUUGUCGAGGUGCACCGGACGACGGCGAGUCUCUGCGGCCUGCAGAUGAUCGCCAACAUCAUGUCUCAGCAGAGAGGCUUCCGGUGCCACCUGACUGCCCUCCUCGCUCUUGCACUCCCAGGCAUCGACGCCAACGAUUUAGGCAAGACGCAGUACACAUUGAACUUCUUCCAGAGCGUUGCCUACAGCAUCCCGUUUGUGUCGCUGGUCAAGGAGCACGACGAUAUCCAUGACACCUCGCUCGCCAUGGAGUGGGUGCAGGGGGAGAUGGAGCGGAUGGAAAUCGAGGGACAGGAUGUCAAGAUUGAUUACGACCAGGAGCUCACCGACGAGAUAGAGGCCAACAUUGUGCGCUCAUCCACAGCAGGAUUCGGGGAGUUCAUCAUCGCACUGCUCGGCAAAGUCUUUACCCUGCUCGAGAAUCUGCCCGAUUCGUCGCACCUACGAUCUGGGUCGCCCGAAGACAACGUGAUCAACACUCUGCCCGCGGCACUGACACCACUCUUUGCGUCGCUCUCGCCAGAGCUGUUCGACAUCACGCUGGACAAGUUGAGCAACUUUGUCUCGUCCCACGUCGUUCACCAAGCCCGCGAUGCCAUGGCCUGGAUCUGCAACGCCCUCUGCAAAGUCAACCCGGAGAAGACGCUCAAGGUGUUCAUCCCCAUGCUCAUCGCCAACAUCCGGAACGAGAUCGACUACAACGGCGCAGCAUCAGACCGCAGUAGUGGCACAGAUGUGCUGCCCCGGGACCGCGCGCUGGUGUGGCAUGUCAGCAUGCUUAGUAUGUGCGUCGUCCAUGUCGGCGCCGAGGUGCUCAAGUACAAAGCAGACCUCCUGGGCGUCGCGGAAUACAUGCAGGAAAAGUGCCGCGGCCUGCCAACGAUCCACAUAUCCAACUAUGUCCACCACUUGUUGCUCAACCUCACCCACACGUAUACCAUCGACAACGCGCUGUACGAGCCCGAAGUAAUCGCCCGUGGUCUCGGCGUGGAGGACUGGGGCACCACGACCUCGCCCUCGGAGCUUACGAUCAAGUGGCAUCGCCCAUCCUCGGAGGAGAUUCAGUUCGCCGUCGAGCUGUUCGAGUCGCAAGCCCACGCGGCCGCGAAGAAGUUGGAGGCCCUUAUGAGCGACGAGCCACCCGUGUCCCGGAAGGGGAAAAACAAAGAGUGGAGCGAUGAGAUAGUCCGGGCAUUGUCCCAAAUCCGCCUGGUCAUCUCGGGGGUCUCGGCACUAUUCGACCCCAAGCGAGGGGCGGGCCGGACGAACGGUCAAGUCAACGGGGACGGUGGUGAACCACGAGACGCCGAAGGCGACGUUGCUAUGGAUGGCAAUGAGGACGAGUCUGAAGAGGGCGCAGACGAUGAUGACGAGUUCGCAGAGGAUACCGACGACGAUGAGCUGAAGAAGCGAUACGUCUAUCCCGCCGGCUACCUCCUCGAACGGGACAGCGAGCUGUACGACCACAUCCACGAAAUAAGAGAAGAUGUUGGUCGCACACUCUCCAAGACGCAUAAGUUUCUGUGCACAGCCGAAGAAGACGACGUGCCAUGCUUCACUGCGCUCUAUGCUGCAUUCCGCACCUGGAUCACCGACGUCGGCAUUGAGCGCUCGGCCCAUCCCCUGGAGCGCUUGGUGCGUCUCUACAAGGCGGAUAUCUCUCCGUUCAAAGUCAGCGGCCUGCGCAAGGUUUACCCGCGCCCUCUCCUCGUCAAGCGCGCGGACGCGUAUCAACUACAGCGCGUCAAGUACAACGCAUCAUACAGACACAAGAGCGAUCUCGACAAGCAGCUCCUGCUCGAUCUCGCCGAGUCGUGCACGUCUCAGUACGCCGACGUCCGCAGGGUGGCCCAGGGCGCACAGGACUCCUCGCUUAAAGUACUGCUUGGAGGCAAGUCCCUGGUGAUACCGGCCCUGCUCAAGGCGUUCAGGAAAGCGCUAGACGACGUAAACCACGACCGCAUCAAGGGCUCUCUGUACACAUUGCUCUUCACGAGCCUGUUGAAGACUAUGAUGCGGGACUGGCGGUUUGCGGCCGAUUUCAUGAGGAUGUACAUCGAAACGGCCCAGGUGGAUAAGACUUCGAUCCAGCACCUCAGCGGGAACUCAUUAUCGGCCGUCAUCGAGUGCUGUCGUGUCGGGGAACACACAGUCAUCAAGGACAGUGCGGUCUUGGACAUCAUCAAGCCGAGCGAGGACUGCGCGGAGCAGAUACGCGCGCGGAACAAGGUCAUCAUUGACCGCCGCAACAAGGUUGAGGCCAAGAGGAGCUCUUUCGGCCUGGAGCUGACCGAGAUGGCCAAGAACAGCCAUUGGAACGUGGCGAUACGGUGCAUAUAUCUUGCGAGCAACCUGUGCACCCGAUUCGCAACGUUGGCGCCCUCGGAGUUCAUUGACCUCAUCGCCAGAGGCACGAACGAUGCUCACCCUGGCCUCCGCGGCACCUACCAGGCCAUAUUCACAUCGCUGUUCACUACCAUUGAGAUGCGGGCGUGGUACGGCCACAAUUUCCGCAACUAUUUGACCGAGGACGUCAACGAGCUCAACUCGGUAGUGGUUGAUGUGCCCCAAGAUGACCCCUCUUGGACGGGGCGUUUCCUGGACAAUUUCACCAAGCCCGAAAAGGCGCAGUAUUUUGUGGACCAGGACUAUCCGGGCUGGCUCGUGUGGGGGAAGCAGCUACGGGCGACGUCGGCGGAUCCUGUGGCCUUUGACGGCUACGACGACCUGGAGAGGCAGAAGCGCGCGCAGGUCGGCAAGCUGCUGACCAAGGACUGGUUCAAGCAAUACUUUGAGUACGCCAAGCAGGAGCCGCGUGAUAGUCUCAACGAUCGUUUCCGGAUGCACAACGUCAUCCUGUUGAUCCACGUGUUCGACCUGAUGAACUACGGCCUCACAGAGGCCAAGCUGGAAGACAUUGGAGAUCUGAUCAAGGAUGUCUAUGGCGACGGCAGCGACAAGCAUCAACAUCGCGCCACAGCCGAGAUUCUGGGAGCGCUUCUCUCGGGCAGCUGUGAGGAGACGGUCGAGGUCCGGGAGAAGGUCUGGGCGUACGCCGGACCGCUCCUGCUCAAGAUUCUCGAGGAAGACCUCACACCCGACAGCUUGCACUACUGGAUGACAUGCUUGCACGUCAUUGCCGACGCCAAGGACCCGCGCAAGUUCCACGAGAUCAUGGAGAGCAUGAGUGCCUUUAGGCUGGAUAUGAACUCGAACGCGGCCUUCAAGGAGUCGUCCAAGGUGCAGCUGCUGGAGCUUAUGAUCAGUACAUCAGGCUGGCACUUUCGCCACUCGCAGCCAAUUCUCGACGACUUUCUGAAGCACAUUGAUCACCCGUACAAGACGGUUCGCGAGGCCAUGGGACGAGUCAUCUCGGCCAUAUACCGCAGUAGAUACCACGAGUCGUUCCCCAACGUCGCCGCGCUGCUCCGACAGAACAAGGCGGACUCUUCGGUUGGCGUGCGCCCUUACCAGCCCGACGGCGACUUCAUUGGAACCGUUACGGAGAUAUUUGAGCGGCUGGAGAGGUGGCGACAUGAGCGCGCCCCUGGUCAACAGACUCCAUCUAGCUACACCUCGGGCUCCAAGACGGUACUGACCUGGCUUGACGGCAUGCUCAGUUCACAGGAGUGCACGCAGCUGGCCCGCUUCUUCCCAGAGCCGUUUAUCGAGCAGCUACUGCAUAUGAUGGACGUGAAGGAGGACCCAGAACUCAUGAGGUUGGCGUACCACGUUUAUCGACACCUGCCCAACAUUCCGCUGAGGGCAGGUGAAGAUGACGCAUUCAUCCGGGCCCUUGUCCGCGUUGGCAAGUUAUCGGCAUCGUGGCACCAGCGACUCCGCGCGCUGGUGAACAUGCAGGUCAUCUACUUCCGGCGGCUCUUCCUGAUGGCGGCGCCGCAGCGGCAGCUGCUAUUUGGCGCCGUGGGCGACAUGCUCUCGGAUGUGCAGCUCGAGGUGCGCGACUGCGCGAGCGCAACGCUUGCGGGCAUGAUUCGCUGCUCGCCACACGUGAUUCGCGAGCCCAUAAUCCACUCGCUGAAGAUGCGAUUCGAGGAUCAGCUGCGGUGCAGUCCCAUGCCCAAGUCCAAGAUGCUGCGGAUGAAGACGGAGGGCGACGGUGCCGAGACGCCGGUCGAUAUACAGGCCCAGAUCCGGGCCAGGCACGCGGCCAUCAUGGGACUGGGCGCGCUCAUCGAGGCUUUCCCCUAUCUGACCCCGCCGCCCAAGUGGAUGCCCGAGGUUCUGGCACUGCUGGCGCGCAGCGCCGCUAGCGACCCGGGCGUGGUCGGCAAGGCAACAAAGUCGAUCCUGGCCGAGUUCAAGAAGACAAGACAGGACAGCUGGUCCGUUGACCAAAAGUAUUUCACGGCCGAGCAACUCGAGGAUCUUGAAGGAGUUCUCUGGAAGAGUUACUUUGCAUGAUUGGUCGCUAUCUGGCGACGUUGACAACAAUUCUGCAUUUUGCAUUCGUAUCGGAAUCCGCUUCUGUCUUUGCGGUCCCCGGGAUAUCAUUGUCCAUCAUUCCUUGUGUCAUUGUGUUUUGUGGCUAUGCUUAGUGGCUCUUAUCUUGUGCGUUGCACUCAUUGGCGAAGCUGCCCGCGCGAUUGGGCCUACAUGCUGCCAGGCAGAUGCGACAAAGUUCGUUUGGGGUGGCUCCAAGUGGCCGGAUCUUGUGUACUGCCCGUUUCUGUCAUUCCUCUCUCGGCAUGUCGGUGCUUGGAGACAGCUGCUGCUGCUUUUUGUGUUUCUGGGUUGUCUUCAUAGCAUGCAGAGACCUACCUCCAGGCAUUGGGUGGUUUUGGUAGGAGCUGUGGACAAGGGGGCUUCCACGGUGGCGAUAAAUGGGAGUUUUGUACAUUGAAAGAUGGCGAGGCGUUCAUGUCUUGGGCAUGCCUUGGGCGGGUGGUCUGUGUCUAUGAUGAUAGCGCUAAAGCGGACGAGAUGAUUGAGAAGUGUACUAGGUAGUUCCAAUCACAGGCUAGAAGGGGCAUUCCUCAGCCCAAGCGGACA